AUGCGUCUAAUUCAUACCAGUACGCUGGAGUUCAUCUGGUUUCCUAAAGCUCCACCUCCAUAUGCUAUCCUCUCCCACACUUGGGGCAAUGAUGAGGUGACUUUUUCGGAUUUCACCAACCUGUCCACGAGAACAACAAAAUUGGGCUUUGCCAAGAUCAAACAGACCUGUGAACAAGCCCUCAAAGAUGGCUUUAGCUACGCGUGGAUAGAUACAUGCUGUAUCAAUAAAGAAAGCAGCUCCGAGCUGAGCGAGGCCAUCAAUUCCAUGUUUAGAUGGUAUCGCGACGCGGCCAUAUGCUACGCGUAUCUCGAAGACGCUUCCGAGGACAUACAAUUACCAAUAACAAGCCCUUCGUCGAUUUCACAUUGCAGAUGGUUUACCCGGGGCUGGACAUUGCAAGAGUUACUUGCGCCCAAGGAAAUUGUGUUUUUUGGAGCAAAAUGGACCACGAUAGGCCGAAAGACGGAGCUCAAAGAAAUUCUGGAACAAAUUACUGGGAUUCCCUGUGCAAUUCUUACCGGGGACAUGCGGUUAGAUCAAACCAGUGUUGCAAACCGCAUGAAUUGGGCUGCAAAAAGAGAGACGACUCGCGAAGAAGACAUUGCAUAUUGUCUCAUGGGAAUAUUCGACGUCAACAUGCCCAUGAUUUAUGGCGAGGGGAGGAAUGCCUUCACUCGCCUGCAAGAGGAGAUUUUGAAGCAAACCCAGGACGAUUCUUUGUUUGCCUGGCGGGCCAGCGAAGAGUCUGCAUCUGAGGCCCCGUAUCGCGGCUUAUUUGCUUCAUCGCCAAAAGAAUUUGCCAGCGAGGUGACUACCACUCCGUUCUUCACUAGCAUGGCUGGCGCGUCAACUCUACUCGGCAAUGGGCGAAUAUCUCUUAGCUGCGCUCUAUACCAGGACGGCUUCAUUGGCCUCAAGUGCUUUCAGGGCACGGAACUCUCAACGGUUGUGGGCAUCCAGGCCAUCAGCACAGGGAUCAAUCACUUUGUACGGUCCAACCCUUCGCAGUUGGUUUUGAAACCUCAUCGAUAUCCUAUUGCUUUCCAAACUGUGGUAUUUGACAAGUUUGUCGAGAUGAGAGAGCCGAGAUCAUUGAGCGACAUUUAUCAGCACAAUGAACUUUUUCUUGCUCUGCCUCCAGAAAUACGGUUUGUGGCCGUGUAUCCCAAAGAAUACAUGGGAUUUCAGAAGACGAUGAAGCUGCCAAUAACGCAUCUUGUCGGGAAAAAGGUUGCCUUUUAUAUGGAAGUCGACAGGCAGGCAUCGGGUGCUGAUGUGUUUCAAGAAAUUGGAUGGAGUGACAAGGGCACGGCAGUUCUACUUGUCCUUUGGGUUGAACAACUAAGCACAAGAUCGUUUACUUUCUAUUUUGACCUACUGGCCGUCAAUGCUGGGAAUGCCGAAUCAGAGUUUAUAGAUGCCGAAAGGCCUCCAGAAGCACUCGAUGCAAAAGAGACAGCCAUUGCAUGGUCUACUAUUUGUGCUACUGGAACUCAAACGAUAGUGGGCGGGCAUCAAAUGUUUAGUCUUCAGUUGAGUGUUGCUACAAAUGCGGAUAUUAAAGAUAGAGCAGUAGAUGUUCGAAAGGAAAUGGAAGAGGCUGAAAAGGAAAGGGAAAGGGAAAGGAAAGUGGCUGAGAGGGAGAGGGAUGCCGAGAAUGCUCGUGAGUUUAAGAAAGGUGUUGGACAGAUAGUAGCUAUGUUGAUAGCCCCGAUACUUGGAUUUGCCUUUAGUAUAGCUCUUGGAAUAGUCCUGUCCACGUAUGCCUAG